AAUAAAUAUUUAGUCAUGAGAGUUUCGCUCGCAUUACUAGCAUUGCUGCUAACAAGCAGCGUGAGCUGCAAGGAAGAUCUCAAAGAAAAAGACUCAGAAACCGCAGAAUCUAAAUCUGUUGAAUCAACAGACUCUGCGGUUGAAAAAAAGCAAGAGAAACGCGGCCUUUACAGUUCAGAGGGUAAUUACGGAGGCGGAUAUGAAGGACUCUUCAUGAGUACUGGUCAUGACAGCUACGAAGGUGGGUCACACGGGCACUCAUUUGAAAGCCACUCAUACCCUCAUCACGAAGAAGCCAAAGUCAAAGAAAUAACGAUUGUCAAGCACGUAAAGGUGCCUUAUCCAGUCGAGAAGAAAGUCCACUAUCCAGUUGAAAAAGAAGUGCCUUACCCUGUAAAGGUUCCAGUAGCCGAGCCAUACCCAGUUGAGAAGAAAAUUCCAGUUCCUUACAAAGUAUACGUCAAAGUGCCUGUACACAUUCCCGCGCCUUACCCCGUUGAGAAAAAAGUCCACUAUCCAGUCCACGUUCCCGUGGAACGCCCAGUUCCCUACAAAACUUACGUGCCAGCUCCUUACCCAGUUGAGAAAAAGGUCCACUACCCCGUGAAGGUUCCAGUUCCACAACCGUACCCCGUUGAGAAAAAUAUUCCCUACCCAGUCAAGGUUCCAGUUCAUGUUCCCCAACCAUACCCCGUUGAGAAACCAGUUCCUUACCCAGUCAAAGUGCCCGUAGACCGGCCCUACCCAGUCCACAUCAUCAAGCCCUACCCAGUACAUGUCGAAAAGAAAGUUCCUUAUCCAGUUGACCACCCAGUGCCUUACCCAGUCAAGGUCCACGUUGAGCGACCAGUUCCCUACCCAGUUGAAAAACCAGUGCCCUACCCAGUAAAGGUCCACGUACCAGCUCCUUACCCAGUUGAAAAGAAGAUUCCGGUACCAGUUGAAAAACCAGUGCCUUACCCAGUUAAGGUCCCAGUUGAACGUCCAGUUCCGGUUCACAUUACCAAGCACGUCCCCUAUCCCGUAGAAAAACACGUUCCCUACCCAGUAAAGGUACCAGUUCCCUACAAGGUCGAACACCACGAGCACGUCGAACAUCACGAACAUCACCAACACCACGAGCCCGAGCAUGACUUUGGCGGAAACUCAGAUCUUGGUGAUCAUGGAGACUACGGCGGACACAAUUUUGAGUCUCAUCAUAGUUAUUAAUAUU